AUGGGUAGAGAGGACAUUCGUCUUUCUCAUAUGGCCAAGAAAGGCUGGCUAAAAGACGAGGAUCAGAAUUCGAAAUUUUUCCAUACUUAUCUAAAUGCUAAAAAUCGUAAACGUGUUAAUGAGAUGGGUUUGGUUGAUGGUACCAUUUUAAAGUCAUCUUUUGAUAUUCAUCAUGCUGAUGUGGAGUAUUUUCAGGAUUUUUUAGGGGUGAGUGGUAAUAAUGAUUUGCCAAUUUUAAGUGAUUUGAUUUCUCCAAUGGUUACUGCUGAAGAAAAUCUAGAGAUUUGUAGAACUCAUUCUCUUGAGGAAAUUAAGAAAGCUCUCUUUAGUAUUCUCGUUGACAGUAGUCCUGGCCCAGAUAGUUUUGGUUUUGGUUUCUACAGGGUAGAUAAGCCUUUUGGUUUUGAUAAAUUUAGGCCUGUCAGUCUUUGUUCAGUGUCUUGUAUUACCACCCUGUGGUAUUCCAUUAUGAUGAAUGACAUCUCUAUAGGUUUUUUAAAUGGUGAACGUGGGUUGAGGCAAGGGGACCCGCUUUCUCGUCUUCUUAAUAAGUCCUUUAAGGAUGGUAUAAUUGGUCAAUUUGUGCAAGCUAGAGGUACUCCUCUUAUUUCUCACCUCAUGUAUGCAGAUGAUACUGUGAUUUUUGCUAAUGGUGGGAAGAGAUCCAUAAGGGGUUUGAUGAAGGUUCUAAAUCUUUAUGAACAUUGGAUAGGUCCGGUUCUUAGUAGAGAGAAAAGUGCUAUAUUUUUUUCUAAAAGAAUUUCUCUUUCUAGGAAGUCAUCCAUCCUUCGGAUUACAAGUUUUUCUGAGAUUUCAUUUCCUUUCAAAUAUUUGGGUGUUCCUAUUGUGGUUAGCCGACUUAAAGUUAGAGACUUUAGUGAGUUGCUUGGUAAGAUCAAAAAGAAGAUUACGGGUUGGAAAAUGAAAAUGCUUUCUAACGGUGGUCAUACUAUUUUGAUUUGUCAUGUCUUGUUGAGUAUGGCUACUCAUCUUUUGGCUGUGCUACAUGUCCCUAAAACCGUGAUCAAGGUAUUGAAUAAGCUCCCGAGUUCCUUCUUUUGGAGUGGCUCGGAGGGUAAUUUUAAAAGGAAAUGGAUUGCUUGGAGUACUAUCUGUAGGCCUGUUGAGGAAGGUGGCUUGGGUAUUCGGGACUUUGGUGGUAUUCAAAAGGCUUUACAUUUGAAACUUGUUUGGCGCCUUAUUACGGGCAAAUCCUUAUGGAUGGAUUUUUUUAAGGGUAAAUAUGUUCGGGGCAAUCACUUAUCGCUCUUAGAACUGAAAACGGGUACUCAAUUUUGGAAAUCUCUUGUCAAGAGUAUUCAUGAUGUUUUAAGUAAUUCUAAGUGGAAGGUUCGUGAGGGUAAUAUUUCUUUUUGGUAUGACAAGUGGGAUGAUGAUGGUCCUCUUUGUGAUCAUUAUCCGGUCAUUGAGCAGCUUAUGUUGAAGAUUAAAGAGUGUCGUCUGGAUAAUGGGUGGGAUAUUCCUCUCCUGGAAAGGCUUGUGGUUACUCAAAAAGUUUCUGAGUUGUGUCAGUCUUUGGCUCGGAGGAAGGAUGGGCACGAUAUUUUAAUUUGGUUAAAGGACACGGAUGCUCAGUAUGAGGAUAAGGUUGAUAAUGUUGUUUCUAUUUGGCAUGUUAUUAAAUUUUGGCUUCGUAAGAUUAUGCAACUGAGCAUGAAAGUUUCUAAAAUUUCUUCUCAGGAUGUUGCUAUCUUGAAUAGAUUGGAUAUUUCGAUCUUAGUUCCAAAGCCUAAGAAGGUGCGUGUUGUGCGUUGGUCAAGGCCUCAACAUGGUUGGGUGAAACUUAACACUGAUGGUAGUAGUUUGGGUAACCCGGGGCAGGCUGGUGCAUGGGGUGUUAUUAGUGCUAAUUGUGGCAAGUUGUGUCAGGCUUACUUUGUGACUUUGGGUCAUGGGUCUAACAAUUUUGCUGAGCUGAGAAGCGUGUUGGAAGGUGUUCGGCGUUGUUAUAAUCUUGGGUUUUACCGGGUUGAGAUUGAAACAUAUUCUCAAUUGAUUGUAAAUUGGAUUACUAAGGGGAAAUGUAACAUUUGGUAUUUAGAUGAUUUUUGGGAGGACUUAAUUGGUUAUCUUAAUUGCAUGGAAUAUCGUGUUUGUCACAUAUUUCGUGAAGGUAAUACAGUGACUGACUUCCUUGCUAAGUGGGGUGCUAGGGGCUUAAAUAUGGAUUUGGUUAAUGGUGAUUCUCUGCCUGGUCAAUUAAGAGAUCUUCUUCGUUUAGAUAAGAUGGGGUCUUCCUCGCCUGGGUUGCAGGUUUAA